UAUUGACUUCCAAGUUCCCCGGCCUCCCUCCGCGACGCCCAUAUUCUCUUCUCCGUCUUUCAAAUUUCAAUGCUAGGAGGGAGUCUUUAUGAAACUCGCGAGACCCAUUUCUCGCCUCUUCACGAACUCUAUAUCCCCGGCGAAAUCAGAGCGAGUAUACCAUUAUUCACGCGCCGCCGUCUCUAUCGAAGAGCUCCAUGGACACCUCCUGAGAACCGAGCAACACACCGACUCAUACGCAGUUUCUGAUGUCAUCAGGGCAUAUGCUCUCUCCCCAGAUUCUCUGCACAAAGCCCGUUUCGCAUUCGACCAAAUCAAAUGCCCAACAUUGCCCGUCUGGAAUUACAUGAUCCAAGGAUUGUCGCAAAGUGAUCGACCCAUUGACGCGCUCCAUAUGUUUGAGAAAAUGCGUAAACAGGGUCUGCACGGAAAUAACCUGACUUUCAUAUUUAUCUUGAAGACCUGCGGUCGAAUUUCGGAUUUUUUUAAUGGGAAGGUAGUCCAUGGUUGUACAAUAAAGCUUGGGUACGAGUCUUAUCUCUAUGUUUCCAACGCUCUAAUCAGCAUGUAUGCUUCUUGUGGUAAAUUGGAUGAAGCAAAGAAGCUUUUUGAUGAAAUGACAAACAAAGACUUGGUUUCUUGGAACUCAUUGAUUUGUGGGUAUAGUCAGUGUAAUAGGUAUGAUGAUGUAUUGAGACUUUUUGAUGCAAUGCAGGCUGUGAAUGUUGAGGCUGAUAGGGUGACUAUGGUGAAAGUUGUAUUGGCUUGUAGCUAUAUAGGUGGUUCUGAAACUACAGAAUCAGUGGUUAAAUACAUUGAGGCAAAUGGCAUAGAGAUUGAUGUGUACUUGGGGAAUACGUUGAUUGAUAUGUAUGGAAGGCGCGGAUUGGUUGGUUUAGCUCGAAAAACUUUUGAUAAAAUGGUGGAGAGAAAUGUAGUUUCUUGGAACACUAUGAUUAUGGGGUAUGCAAAAGCAGGAGAUUUAAGUGCUGCAAGGGAGCUCUUUGAUGCAAUGCCUAAGAGGGAUGUGAUUUCUUGGACUUCUAUGAUCACAGGCUACUCUCAAGCUAAGAGGUUUUGUGAUGCUAUCAAGCUUUUUCAGGAGAUGAUGGCUGGUGGGGUAAGGCCUGAUAAGAUAACUGUGGCUACAGUGCUUUCUGCUGCUGCACAUAUAGGCACACUAGAUGUGGGAGAAGCUGUGCAUGAUUAUAUACACGAGCAUGGUGUAGAAAUGGACGUUUAUGUAGGGAAUGCACUGAUAGACAUGUACUGCAAGUGCGGGUCGGUAGAGAAGGCUUCACGAGUGUUCGAUGGUAUGCAAGAGAAGGACUCGGUCUCGUGGACUUCCAUUGUUGCAGGCCUUGCAGUGAACGGGUUCUGCUUUCGUGCCCUUCAACUCUUCUCAAAGAUGGUGAGAGAGGAGAGCGUUAAGCCGACCCAUGGAGCUUUCGUUGCAGUACUACUUGCGUGCACUCAUGCUGGAUUGGUGGAUGAAGGAGUGGAGUAUUUUGAAAGCAUGGAAAAGGAGUAUGGGCUCUUACCGGAAACUAAGCAUUAUGGAUGUGUCGUUGAUCUCUUGAGCCGUUCUGGGAAUGUAGAGAGAGCGUAUGAGUUUAUGAUGCGAAUGCCAAUGGCCCCGGAUGUUGUGAUGUGGAGAAUGCUACUUGGGGCCUGCAAACUUCAUAAGAAUGUGAGUCUUGCUGAGAUUGCUGCCAGGAAGCUUAUUGAAUUGGAUCCUGGUAAUAGUGGAAAUUAUGUUCUCUCAUCCAGCACUUUUGCCAGUGCAGAGAGAUGGGAAGAUGCCAUGAAAAUGAGAGAAUUGAUAGAUGAAGGUGAUAUACAGAGGCCACUGGGUUGGAGUUCAAUAGAAACUAGGAAUGCCAGUAACAAAGAAAUUGUUCUUGGGGAUUAUACUCCUCACUGUGCAAGGAAAUCUGUCUAGAGAAUCAAUCAGAUAAAGCAUAAAAUAUUUGGAGCAGAUUUGCUUUUCACC